UUCCCUAUCUGCUCCAGAUACGCGGAGAAACAGGAAAAUGGAAAAACUCUGUGUGAAGUUUGGUCAGUCGAUUUCGGCAAUAUCGGGUUGGAAAAUUUUUGUCGACAUAUCCUUCGCGCCUAAUCGUAAAAAAAAGUAUUGUAAGUCAUCCUCUAUUUUCCUUUCCGAAAGAUCGGUGAAAUAUAAAUAUGGGUUGUACUGUGGGUAGCGUGUUGAGAAGAGAUUCUCUGUUGGAACAUAUCUAUCAGGAAGACGAAGACACCUGGAUCUCAGGAGAGGAACUGAAGACCGAGGGUAGCAGCGGUAGCGACGACGAUGUACCCCGAAGGAAGAUCACCCCGAGGAAGUCGAGGAGAAGGCGUAGCGAAGGCUACACUCCCCCGGAAUCCCGACUAUCGCUACCGAAUCUGGGCGACAACAAGGCCGGCAUAGCGUUCCGGGUAUCCAGACCUGACGAUAACGACGGCAAGGGCGAACGCUUCUCCGUCGGCGGAGAGCUCUGCGCCGAGGAGGAGAGGAUGAGAAUGGAGGCGGCCAUGUCGAGGAUGUCCACCAGGUCCUCCCUGGACAGGACGGAGGAAGCUGGCGAUUUCGCGAGGUGCGAAAGCGACUGGAGGCCGAAAAGGGGUAGUCUGAAGCUGCCCAACCUGGAGGAAGAAACAGAAAAGACAAAGGUCAUCAGAUUCAGCGACGAUAUCGAAAAAUUCGACCCUCCUGACCAUCGAGUGGAGGUUAACGGUUUCAAUUUCGAAGUUGGUGCCGGAGAUGAGAUCUCAGUCGAAGAAGGAGAUUCACUGAAGGCCGACUUCGACAAGUGGAAGGAAAGCUCGAUGGGCUUCUCUGAUAUCCCCUACGAAGAUGCUCUGGACGAAGACGACAUCGAUCGGUAUGUUUUGAAAGCUUCCGACAGCGAAAAUUGGAAGCCGCUGCUGAAGAGUAAGCUGAAUCUGCCCAAUUUCGAUGGUGACAACGUUGACACGUCAGUGAGACAAUUCGUUUCCGAAAUGAACGAAUUCUACAACGAGAUGUCCGGCAAGCUGAAGUCGCUGAAGGACUGUCCGGCGCUGGGAAAUUCGCAGAAUGCGGUCCUCGAUCUGGAAGACGAGAAGUUCAUGGAGAAGGAGAAUUUCAAGAAUCUGUACAAGAACCUGAAGAAGACGCCGCAAGUCAAGAAGACCCUGAGCCUCAUCAGCAAGAUGGAUAGCGAUAUAUCGGAAACGAUCACGAAAUUCCGGGAGGAGCGCGCCGAGAGGCUGGAGAUGCAGAAGCAGCUGAUGGACCAUAUUCCCAGAGAUCGGAAUUCGCAGUUGUUCCUGCAACUGUGCGAAUUCGAAUCGAAAUCUAACGAUUAUCUGAGGAAUGAAACUAGAGAGAAGAGAAAUGGAGUGAACGAAACUAGAAAAAAGAACAGGAGAAAUAUGGACGAUAAAAAUUUCAUUGAAAGAAAUAUCGAGCUCGCCAAAGUUGGAAUGAAUUUUUCCCUAUCGGACGAACAGAAACAGAGGUUAGAGAAGAUUCUGAUGGACGAGAUCACGGAUGAACCGGCGAACGAUGACAACAGAAUUCCAUCAGGUGUAAGAAGAGCAAAUCAAAUGCCUAAUGAGCAGAAUAAUAACGGAGAUGAAGUUUACUCUAACUGUACAAUAAAUGCUUACCGAUUGAGUGAUGAGCAUAAGGAAAAACUCAUUGGAAUAGAUUCAGCGCUCAAGGCUUACGAGGAAGAUGAUUCAAGGCGUGCGGGUGGAUCAGGCAUCGGAGUAGGCUUGGUCAAGUCCUUGAAAGAAAUCGACGAAAAAUUGAAGAGUCUUUCAACGUCGUACAUCCAUGACGAACAGCUUCUGGAGAAAAACAGGAAGAAAUCGACGGGAAUCGAUAUCCAAAGGUUGGAGGAAAAUGUGGUACAAAACUUAGGGUUGAAAACAAGCACAGACCUGACAAUAUCUACAGAGUUAUCUAUUUAGAUAUAUUUUAUUGCAUCUGACUUUUAUUAUACUUAUAUAUUAUAUUUUCAUUAAACUUGGACAUUUUAUACAGACUGUCAUACAAAA